UUGAACAAAUUUUGCUCUUCUUGCAUUUUAAAGCUUUGAAACGUUGGUCCUACUCUGGUUUUUGGUCCCACCCCUACGCAAACCUCUUUGUCACAAGUGAAGAAUGAUUUUUUCAGACUUUUUCUUUCCACGUGCAUCAAGAGUAGUCUAUGCGGAGGCGUUUGGCUGUUGCUUCGUUUUGCUUCUUCAGCUUAGGGGCUAUGACGGGAUGCGGACUUGCAGGCAGUAAUAGGAAAACUCUGGUAUAAAAAACAAACAAAAAACGCGAAUGACCCAGAAGAGGAAUCCAAACUGAAAUUGGAUUUGCCAUAUCCUCUUUUCGAAUGCUAAAAGGGACUGCUGUGAAAUGGGCUCUGUUCCCCUGUGUCUUCUGCUCUCACUGACGGCGCUGGGCGUGGCCUUGCCUGAGGACGGGGAUGAGUACACCUGGCCCCACGGGAAGGUCCCGCUGGUGCGGAGCGAGCGGACGGUGCGCCUCAGCCGGCCGGCGUUCGGCGGCGAGCCGCAGGGCGAGCUGAGGGGGGCCUGCGCGAUUGAGUGCCAGAGCGCCCUGCCCCGCCCGGACGCCGCCGACCUGGAGAGGCUCCUGUCCUACGAGACGGUGUACGAGAACGGCUCGCGCACGCUCACCCGCGUGUCCGUCCGCGGCCUGGCCGAGGACGCGCCCCCCCGGAACGCCUCGCGCCCGCGCCGGAGGAGGGAGGUCUACGGCACGGACAGCCGCUUCACCAUCUCCGACCGGCAGUUCUCCACCAGCUACCCCUUCUCCACCACCGUCAGGCUCUCCACGGGCUGCUCCGGGAUCCUGGUCUCGCCCAAGCACGUGCUGACGGCCGCCCACUGCAUACACGACGGGAAAGACUACCUGAAGGGCGCCAAGAGGCUGCGCGUGGGGCUCCUGAAGCUCCGCUCCAAACAGAGAGGGGGACGCAAGAAAGGCCGGAGGAAGGGAGAAGGCCAGAAAGGGGAGGGGAAGGAGGAGGGGAAAGGAGAGCAGGAGGGAAAAGGAGAGCAGGAGGAGAAGGGAGAGCCAGAGGGGAAGGGAGAACCAGAGGGGAAGGGGGGACGGGAGGGGAAGGGCGGCAAGCGGAGAGGGAGGAAGAGCCGUAGCCGGCGCAGCGCUGAGGCCAAAAAGCCCACCUUCCGUUGGACGCGGGUGAAGCAGACCCAGGUCCCCCAGGGCUGGCUGAAGGGCCCGUCGGGGAAGGCGGAGGUGGCGGUGGAUUACGACUACGCCCUGCUGGAGAUGAAGCGGCCGCACAGGCAGAAGUUCAUGGACCUGGGAGUGGUCCCGUCCGUCCGCGAGCUCCCCGCCGGGCGGGUCCACUUCUCCGGCUUCGACGACGACCGGGCCGGCCAGCUGGUGUACCGCUUCUGCUCGGUGACGGAAGAGUCCGGAGACCUGCUGUACCAGCAGUGUGACUCGCGGCCGGGGGCCGGCGGCUCGGGCAUCUACGUCCGCCUGAAGGAGCCCGGGAAGAGGAAGUGGACGCGGAAGAUCGUCGGCGUCUUCUCGGGGCACCACUGGGUCGACGUGAACGGGGCGCAGCAGGAUUACAAUGUGGGGGUGAGGAUCACGCCCGAGAAGUACGCCCAGAUCUGCCUCUGGGUGCACGGCAACUCGGAAGAGUGCCGCUCUGCGUGAGUCCCCGCCUGCCAGGUCCGCCCGUCACUGACUCCUGCUGCUCCUGCCGGUCCCCUCACUGACUCCCACUAUCCUGCGUAUUAUCUUCUGUAUGUCGCUUUUCCAACUCCGCACUAUAGGCUGUUUCUCCACAACUUUCACCGUGCACAGCUGCCUUUAAAUGAUCUAUCGAUUACAUUUACAUUUUAUAGAAAUACAACAUUAGAUUAUAAAAAGAACUAUGGGUGUUCUUUUAUUUAUUUAAUUAAAACACGGAAUAUUACCUGAAGAAAAUACAGAGGAGUCAGACAAACAUUCCAUUGCCAUUUCCUUUCUCUAUCUGGUAAAUACAUAAGAAUUUAUUUUAAUAUGGUGCUUUAUGUGUGGUAGAAUGAUACCAUUACAUAUAAUCUGUGUUUCUGUGAAAAUGAGCUGCUCUUACUAAGUUUUGCUCAUCAAGCCUUGAACCAGGAAUACAGUAUGAACAAUAAGCUUUUCAACUUGUUGAAUGCUUAUGUUAUACAAAGGAUAUUUUUAGUUUAUUCUGUUUGAAAUAAUUGCUUUUGUCUAUUUAACAUUUCCUGUGCCACAGUCAUCUUUUGGUCCAUCUUUUCAUGUGACAACGGUUAUUUUGAUUUGUACUAUAAAAUUACCUAAUGAUCCAUCUGUGCAUAUAGUGGACAUACCAUUACGGUCCCAGCUGUGUUGGGAGGUAUAUUGUUGGUGCUAUUUUCAUGGGAACGUAGAAUGUAGUUCUAUAUCUGCUUGAUAGAAUUCUGAGAGGAAGUUGAUCAGGAAAAAUUAUUAUUCUUAUUAGGAUUUAAGUACAGUAUUUAAAUACAGAUUUAAAUACAGUAAAUACUGGUCAAUCACUAAUCGAUAAUUAAGAUGAGUCCUGAUUUAUAUUCUGCCCUUGUAUAAUUGGAAUAAAAAGCAUUAAACCGGAGGGUUCAUGCAAACACAUUUUACACGAAUCGAUUUACUAUUCUAAACUGUCUAAAAUGUAAUUAUUUGCAAAAAUGUAAACUUAAAACUUAUUUUUUAUUGAAUUCCAAAUAAAAAAACACUGCGUAAGAAACGAAGAAAAAAUGUU